CGACAGAGAGACACAGUCUGUCUCUCUGUCUCAAUUCCAUUCUGCCAAAGGGAUUUUGAGAUGGGAUUCCUCCUCCUCUUCGCUCCUCUCUGGCUCCUGGCACUACAAGUUGUCCACAGCCAUAGUCCCCAGUCUGAGAAGAACAACAGGAAUGUGAGAAAUUGUGAUAUAGACCCACCGUAUCUACCUCCUACUACAGUCAACACAUCUCUGCACUUGAAUGCUCUCCGGACUUUGAUGGUCGCUCACAAUAUCAAAGUCUAUAUCAUUCCUGCCACAGACUCCCAUUUGAGUGAAUACAUUAGCCCACACGAUGCGAGGAGAGCCUGGAUGACAGGGUUCACUGGAAGCGCAGGCACCGCAGUGGUCAGUACAACAAAUGCUAGCCUCUGGACAGACGGUCGUUACUGGGUUCAAGCCGAGCGUCAGAUGGACUGCAACUGGGAGCUGAACAUAGUGAAAAAUUCAAUUGUGAACUGGAUAAUAGGCGAGACCAGAGAGGGAGAGAAGAUUGGCGCUGACCCCUUUGUAUUUUCUGUCGCGAGCUGGGAGAGUUACAGAAUCCCUCUGCAAGAAGCAAACCGGUCACUUAUCACAAUAACAAAUAACUUAGUGGAUGAAAUCUGGGGUGCAGAUCGCCCGCCCCCCUCCUCAGACGAUAUUUUCAGAGUGCCAGACGCUUUCCUGGGAAGAUCCUGGCAGGACAAAGUGGAGGAGGCUCGCAUAAAGAUGAUGCAAAACCUUUACAAGCCCACGGCGAUACUAAUCUCAGGAUUGGAUGAAACCGCAUGGCUGUUAAAUCUGAGAGGGAAUGACAUUCCAUACAAUCCUUUCUUCGUAUCCUACUUGCUGUUGACUGCAGAUUGGAUCAGGUUGUUUGUGAAUGAAUCCCGCUUGCCGCAGGACAUCAAGCAGUAUUUGAACACCAACUGCACUGGAGUAAACUGUGUUCAACUGCAUGCCUACAAGGACAUCCGGGACAAUGUGCAGGAAUAUGCCAAGGGGGAUGUGAGAAUCUGGAUUGGGGAAGAAUACACUAACUAUGGAGUCUUUGAGGUUAUUCCCGAGGCAAAACUGAUCAUCGAUAAGUACUCCCCAGUGCAAAUUACAAAGGCUAUUAAGGAUGAAACGGAGCAGAAAGGACUGAAAGCCGCUCAUGUGCGUGAUGCGAUUGCUGUCAUACGUUACUUAGUUUGGUUGGAGCAAAAUGUUCCCAAAGGAACUGAGACGGAGCUCUCAGGUGCACAUUAUGUGAGCAAAUUACGCAGUGAGGAAGAACAUAGCAAAGGCAUAAGCUUCGAGACCAUUUCUGCCAGUGGUAUGAACGCAGCUCUUGCCCACUACAGUCCCACCAACGAAACAAACAGGAAGCUGAGUGUACAGGAAAUGUACCUGAUAGACUCCGGAGGACAGUACCUGGAUGGGACCACUGAUAUCACUCGCACUGUGCACUGGGGAACUCCAACUGAUUUCCAGAAGGAAGCUUACACUCGGGUAUUGAUUGGAAACAUUGAUGUCUCCCGAUCCAUCUUCCCCGCUGGAACGAUCGGGAACACGCUCGACGUGUGGGCUCGGCAUGCCUUGUGGGAGGUGGGACUGAACUACAACCACGGAACUGGACAUGGUAUUGGAAACUUCCUUGGUGUUCACGAAUGGCCUGUUGGGAUUGGGAGCACUCACACCUGGGAACUUCAGAAGGGAAUGUUUACAUCUAUUGAGCCUGGUUUCUACCAGGAUAACGAGUUUGGAAUCCGAAUUGAAGAUGUCACCAUGGUGACACAGGCAGACACUAAGUACAUAUUUGGAGGGAAACCCUACCUGACCUUUGAGCACAUCUCUCUGGUUCCGUAUGACAGGAAGCUAAUCGACGUGUCCAUUAUGAACAAGCAGCAGAUUGAAUGGCUGAAUAAGUACUAUGAGAGGAUUUGGAACACAAUUUCCCCUUUACUGACAGCACGAAAUCUAGUCGAGGAGUUCGACUGGUUAAAGAAGCACACAAUGCUGUUUUCACACAGCGUCCUUGUGACAUCCUCGCUCGCCACGCUGACUGGUGCCUUCCUUGGAAACCUCCUGUUCCAGAGCAUCCUACUGUAGACACUAAUAGAAAGCACCACCCACGCAGGAUUCACCUCCUCAACGCACCACGUGGAUCUUUCAUUAGCAAUAAAUUGAGGGAUAUUUUCAGUAUAAGACCUACAAUGCUCACAACUGCCCAAUUACCAACCUCCUACUAUCUAAGAAUUAUCUUCAUUGCAAAGCUAAUUUUCCCUAAAACGUGGGCACUCUAUUUAAAGCACCUCCCACACUCCAAGCAUCCCCCGGUCACACCCGAGCAGGAAUAUUUGAUGCUUGUGGCUAGGUUCAGAUCUGGUAUUGGUCAUUAGCUCAACGCAAAGUACUGGCCUCUACAGUUUUGCAUAUGAGAGAGAGAUAAUUAAACUGGGGGUGAGCUGCCAUCACAAUAUGUGCGAAUUAAGUGAAGAACAGAACCAAAAUUUGUCCAUCUCCUAUGCUGGGAUCGAUAAUGGGGGCAAAAUGACUGCAAUCCUGAACAAAUUCCGCACCGGACUUAAUGAGUUUAGGAAUUCCACAAUUUGAUCCCAACACUGUAUCUACAAGGUAGGAAAGAACAAGAUUUAUAAUUCCCCUUGUAAUGAAACAGAUCACUGUGGAUUACUUUCUACAGGUGUAAAAUAAUAUUUCCCCAGGUUUCUCCUUUAUAUUCCUAGUAGGACGUUUUCAGGGAUCCUCCAAAUCCCAUGUGAAAUAUGGAAGAAAAGGAUAUUGCAUUUAAUUCCCCCACUCCCCUACCCAGACUAUUCUCUCCACAAACAAUAUGCAGAUUACCUUGCCUUGGCACAAGUCCCAUCGGUUUCCCGUGGGAAGCAAUGUUUGUUAAAGCUCCAUGAAAGAAAAAUUGGUCACUCAAUCCACGACUGUUUGUGAGACACUUCC